AUGAAGAGACCUAAUGGAAGAAGAUAUUUUCUUGCAAAAGAUAACAUUAUCUAUUUCGUUAACCUGUCUCUUCGUACAUAUCGGUCUUAUUCUAAUUAUAUAUCAACCUGUCAUCCUCUCUUUCUUUCUUUCUUUCUUUCUUUCUUUCUUUCUUUCUGUCUAUCUCUGUUCAUAUCUAUUUAUAUCAGAGAGUUCAUAUCUAUCAAUCUAUCUAUCUAUCUAUCUAUCUAUCUAUCUAUCUCAGAGAGUUCAUAUCUAUCUCUAUCUAUCUCUCUCUCUAUCUAUCUAUCUAUCUAUCUAUCUAUCUAUCUAUCUAUCUAUCUCAGAGAGUUCAUAUCUAUCUAUCUAUCUAUCUAUCUAUCUAUCUAUCUAUCUAUCUAUUUAUCUAACUAUGAUCAUAUAUAUUUAUAUCAGACUGUUCAUAUCUAUCUAUCUUUCUAUCUAUCUAUCUAUCUAUAUAUCUAUCUAUCUAUGUUCAUAUCUGUCUAUCUGUCUGUCUAUUUAUCUAUGAUCAUAUAUAUUUAUAUCAGACUUUUCAUAUCUAUCUAUCUAUCUAUCUAUCUAUCUAUGUUCAUAUCUAUUUAUAUCAGAGAGUUCAUAUCUAUCUAUCUAUCUAUCUAUCUAUCUCUGUUCAUAUCUAUUUAUCUCAGAGAGUUCAUUAUCUAUCUAUCUAUCUAUCUAUCUAUCUAUCUAUCUAUCUAUCUAUCUAUCUAUCUAACUAUGAUCAUAUAUAUUUAUAUCAAACUGUUCAUAUCUAUCUAUCUAUCUAUCUAUCUAUCUAUCUAUCUAUCUAUCUAUCUAUGUUGCUCUCUCUCUCUCUCUCUCUUUCUCUCUCUCUCUCUAGCGACCCCCACACCAGAAAAAAACCUUUAG